UGAUUGUCAGAGCAUCUCUCGGUUCCAGGGAAUCCGCGCCAAUUUUGUGUGUCUUCUUUCUUCCUGUUGGGACAACUGGUCAUUCGACAAAAAGUUUAGGCAUUCCCUACCCCCGAAGGCCCUCGUAUGGCUGGAUCUUCUCUGCAGUCCCGCUCGGCCCUGUCAAAGGCUAGAACCUUGCAGCUGAGAACUGAGAUGAGACUCGCCCAUAGUCAUGCCCAAAACACCCAAAUCUCUAAGGGUCCAUUAGGUAAUCUCAUGAGCCGACAGCAACCGUUUUCGAUGAACAUCACGCCACGAUCUGUGCGUAGGUCGAAUCAAUGGCGUGCCUGUCGGUUGAGGAGGCGAUGGGGGAAUAUAUCAUAUUAGACGCUGUGCCUCCGUGACUCUCGUGGUCCAACAGAAACCAGAGAGAUUCACAACAAAGGUACUUAGACAGUGGAAAACUUGACCACACAACACCCAUAAACACAAAGAAACAAUGGCCACCAAAGCAAACGGCAACGGCACCAAGGACGAAAACCUCUACCAUAUCGUCUUCAGCAUCUCCAACAUCCCCAAAGACCCCAACCUCGCAAUCGAGAAACUGCGCAUCUGCGGCACCUUCACAGACCUGCCGGCCGCCAAAGCGGCUGCGCACAAGACUCUCUUCGAGGCGGGCUAUGAGCGGGAAUGGUUCACCGAAUACGACACCAACGAGACAGACUUUGAAAUCCAUCACAUCAAGAGAAAAUCAGGUCUUUGCGUCUUUGCCAAAUCAGGCGACGGCACUACCUUCCGCGUGAGCGUAGCGACCACGCCGAAUACGCAAGGCUUCGAGAGCAACCCGGAAGAUCACAAAGUGCACGGCGACGUGUACCACGUGGUGCAGACCAUAGUGUUAUACGACGAAGACGACAGCGGCGAGGCCCGGGAAACGAUUGUGGAAGGCUCAUUUAAAAAGUAUGAAGAUGCCAGGAAAUUCGCCAGCACAGUUCUCCUCGCCCCGGAGGACGGCGUGACAAAGGAGUCCUUUGCAGAGUACGAUGAAGCCGGCCCAACGGAGAAGGAUUGCGGAUACGGUGAAAACGUGGUGGUACAUGCGGUCGGCGGUAACGGCGAGAACCUGUUAGUCAGCGUCUUGAAGGGCCAGGAGAUGGAAUCGGUCAGGUUGGCAGAGGCAGCAAUGAGAAUUCGCUCGUUCAACUAAAGCGGACAUUUUUGGGUUAUUACGACGUCGACGUCGACAAACAAGAAAGGUACCGGAUCCAUAUUGACAAGGCUGUACAAAAAUCAGAAUCCAAAUAAUUCAUGACCGUCAUCUGUCCCAAAACUCGAAUCAUAGCUUUAGUCCAGCGAAAGGGAGUUUGAACAAGACUAGAAUAUCCCCCCAAAGAACCACGCAGCAGC